AUGGUCCUCGGUUCUCUUUCAGUCUCAGCUUUCCUACAGUCUGUGAAAGAAAAAUCUGAUAAGUUGGCAAUGAUUGAUAAGCCACUCUCUACUGAUGCUAUCACUCUUUAUACAUAUUUACCGCGCCAUGACACUACUACAUCAAAUCUCAUUGCCACAGCCAAUGUUGUAACCACCUCCAAAAAUAAUAAUAAUAAACGUCAUUACUCUUCCCGUCGUGGAACUGCUCGCAAUAGUGGCAAUCAAGGCCGAUUUAGCAAUCAUGAUCGUGGACAACAGCCUAACAAUUAUCAACAACCUUCAAUUUGUUGGCAACAGUCUCGCAGUUCAGGUAGAUCUAAUGGACAGAGACCACCAAUUACCGGUCAAUUUUGUGGAAUGAAUGGACAUGGUGCUUGGAUGUGUCGAUGCUACCCACCAAGUACUCAUGUUGAUGUGUCACCUCCAAUUGUCUCUCAUAAUCAGACUCCUUGUUUAGUUGAUUCAGGGGCAUCACACGAUUUAAUGUCAGACCUGCAAAAUCUAUUAGUUCAUUCAAAAUAUGAAGAUUUUGGGGAUGAUGACCGGCGGGCGGCGGCGGACGGCGGAGGCGGGCGGUUGAUCGGGAUGGGUUUAAUUAAGUGUGGUUGGUUUGAAUGA